AUGCGGACAAGACUAAAAGAUACGUAUAUUCCAAACGUCGACAGAGACGUACUGUUGAAGAAACUUUUGAAGCUUCCAUUAGAUGCCCUUUGUGAACUGACAUUAUUAUGGCUAAACAAAUUUAGUUAUUCAGGAAACAGAUCUGUGAAGGAAAUAUCUCGAACAUUGGAUUUAUUACAACAAACAAAGGCAAGAAGACGUGUACUGGCCAAACAAAUUCUAUUUGAAUAUUGGCCUAAUGGAUUAAACUUAUUUCAAAUAGCACAAGUGGACUGUUAUAUUUUGAUUAAUAAAGAGAACAAUAAUAAGUGGGUAAGUUCUACUGCUUGGAAAUCAAAUAAAGAGAAGUUCACCUUAAAUAUAGAUCCAGAGGAGUUAAUUUUAGAUGUUCAAAAAGAGUUAUCCAAAUUUUAUUUUUCAAGCCUAUAUAUAUUCAGAUACCCAAGUCUGCCCCUUGUGGUUUGUAGAAUUCAGUUAUAUGAUCUAAACAAUUCAUUUCUGAAAAGCAUCUCAGAUAAAACCCGCAACAAGAAUAGCGAUAUGUCAACUACCUCGAUCGAUAUUGAUAAAUCAGUCAAUAAAGACUUGAUAUCUAGACAACCGUUUUAUGUAGCCAUACCAGAUAACUCAUCGACACUUAUACAUUCUGCAGACAGAGAUACAUAUGCUCAAAUGAUUAUGCAGAGCAUUCAAAAAGCUGUAUCAAAGAGAGAACAUAUAAUAUUUAAGAGUGAUAAUGACCCACCUGUGAAAUCGCUUCAUUCAAUUAAUAUUCUGAAAGGUAUUUCGAGAGAUAGUAACUCUUUGGGUCCAUGGUCUGUAUACUCUAAAGGCUCAUUUGAUAUAUCUCCUCUCAACAACAUUACUAAGCAUAUUUCGGUAAAGGGUAAAAGAACAUAUACAGAAACCGACGCCUCUGACGAUGAAGAGUUUGGCGACAUUAAAAGAAUUAGGUUGGAAAACAAUUUUCAAAGAUUCAAAGGUCAUUUUAGUGAUCAGCUAGACAACUAUCAGGAUAAAACAACAUAUUAUAAAUCUUUAGUACCGAUUGAAAAAAUAUCAUUCACAUUAAAAAACACAUUGCCCGGUACUGAUGAUGAUGUUUCGAUAAAUUUCAAAUUGCAAGGCAAUGACAUAUUCGGUGGAUUACACGAAUUAGCAGACAAAAAACUAGUUAAUUCUGCCAAGGUUCCAGGAUGGUUGACUGGAGAGAACGGUAUCUCAUCGGGGACAAUCGUGAACGGCGACUUCAUUAAAAGUUCUAGGUCAAAAGGUGGUCUUCUAUAA